UAAGGCAUUCUGUAAUUAAUUAGCUGCAAAAUCAGGGAAUUGUAUGGCUGGAAAACCUUGUAUGGAUGGUGCAGUACUCCUGCAUGGAGAACUGGAUGUGCAGAUUAUAGAAGCCAAGUCACUUCCAAACAUGGACAUGGCAUGCUGUUCAAAGUUUAGCCCAUUUGGAUCUACGCGAAAGGUUAAGAACAAGGAUCCAGGGAAAUCAGGAACUCGUAAAAUAAUAGAUACUAGUGACCCUUAUGUGUCUGUUGUUAUAGGUGGGGCAAAAGUAGCUCGAACAACAGUGAUUCGCAAUGAUGAAAACCCAUCAUGGAAUGAGCAUGUUCGUAUACCAGUUGCUCACACUGUUGACAAAGUUGAGUUUUUUGUCAAGGAUAAUGAUGGGGUAGGAGCUGAACUGAUUGGAAAGGUGGAGAUACCAGCUGAUAAAAUUCUUGCAGGUAAAGAAAUAAGUAGUUGGUUCCCCAUUCUUGGACAUUCCGGGGAUCCUCUGAAAACUGGUGCUCAAUUGCAUCUGUCAAUCCAAUACAAGCCAGUUGCGGAGAAUCCUUUAUAUAGAAAUGGUGUUGGACGUGAUGCGAAUAGUGUAGGAGUACCUCAUACCUAUUUUCCACUACGAAGAGGUGGAAAUGUUACUCUUUAUCAGGAUGCUCAUGUGCCUGAUGCAACACUUCCAAAAAUUUUGCUAGAUGAUGGGAAGGUUUUUAGUCAUAACAAAUGCUGGGAAGAUAUAUGUCAUGCCAUGCUGGAGGCUAAGUAUCUAAUAUAUGUUGUUGGUUGGUCUGUAUAUCAUCCUAUACGGCUAGUAAGAGAACCUACAAGGCCGUUGCCUUCGGCAGGGGAAAGAACACUAGGAGAUUUGCUCAAGUACAAGUCGCAAGAAGGAGUUCGUGUGAUUUUGCUCAUUUGGGAUGAUAAAACUUCAAAUGAUGAUCUCUUCCUCAAAACGGAAGGUGUAAUGCAGACUCACGACGAAGAGACCAGAAAGUUUUUUAAACACUCAAGUGUACACUGUGUGCUUUGUCCUCGUUCCGCCAGCAGUAAGCUUAGUAUUCUCAAGAGACAGAUUGUUGGAAACCUUUUUACACAUCAUCAGAAAUGUGUGCUUGUUGACACAGCAGCACCUCAGAAUGAACGGAAAAUCACUGCUUUUGUUGGUGGCCUGGAUCUAUGUGACGGCCGCUAUGAUACUCCUGAGCAUAGAUUGUUUAGCGAUCUCGAUACUGUCUUUGGAAAUGAUGUUCAUAAUCCUACAUUCACAACUACUUCAGGUGGCCCAAGAGAACCAUGGCAUGAUCUACACUGUAAAAUUGAUGGACCUGCUGCUUAUGAUGUUUUAACAAACUUUGAGCAAAGAUUUAACAAGGCUAUGAAAUGGCUCAAACUAAGAAAAGUCAAACAAGGGUCUGAUACAUUGCUUAAGUUAGAUCGAAUAGCAGCAAUUCGUAUGCCUUCCGCCGGGCCAGAUGGUGACCUUGCGGUCCGUGUCACAAAUGAACAAGAUCCUGAGAGUUGGAAUGUGCAGGUAUUUAGAUCAAUUGAUUCAGGAUCAGUAAAAGGAUUUCCAAAAGACAUUAAGGAAGCAGAGGCACAGAAUCUUGUCAGUGGAAAAAACUUGAAGAUAGAAAGAAGCAUACAUUUGGCUUAUGUGAAAGCAAUUCGAUCUGCCCAGCACUUUGUAUACGUCGAGAAUCAGUAUUUUCUUGGAUCUUCUUAUAGCUGGCCAUCAUACCGCAAUGCAGGAGCUAAUAAUCUAGUCCCUAUGGAAAUUGCUCUGAAAAUUGCAAGAAAAAUCGCAGCAAAUGAACCUUUUGCAGCAUACAUUGUGGUUCCAAUGUGGCCUGAAGGUGUCCCAACCAGUAAAGCAGUGCAAGAAAUUCUCUUCUGGCAGAGCCAAACAAUGUCUAUGAUGUACAAAGUUGUGGCAGAGGCUCUUGAAAAGGCAGGCCUUUCUCAGUAUUUUCAUCCUCAGGAUUACUUGAACUUCUACUGCCUAGGGAAACGUGAAGUAAAGCCUGUAAAUCAGAAAACUAGUGCACAUAACCAGGACCUACACCUGACUUUACAGGGAUUGGCUCAAAAGUUUGGGAGAUUUAUGAUCUAUGUACACUCAAAAGGAAUGAUAGUAGAUGAUGAAUAUGUCUUGAUGGGUUCCGCAAAUAUCAAUCAAAGAUCUUUGAGUGGUUCAAGGGACACAGAAAUUGCUAUGGGAGCUUAUCAACCAAAUUACACAUGGGCAAGAAAGGAUCGCCAUCCAAAUGGCCAGGUGUAUGGUUAUCGGAUGUCUCUGUGGUCUGAGCAUCUUGGAUCAGUGGAGAACACAUUCAUGGAGCCUCAGACCGUGGAAUGUGUUAGACGCGUAAAUGAGAUGGCUAGAUACAACUGGAAUGCAUUUUCAGGAGAUGAGUACAAGAAGAUGAAAGGGCACUUGAUGCAAUAUCCAAUUCAGGUUAGCAAAAAUGGAGAAGUCACAAAUCUGCCUGGCUUUGAAUGCUUCCCUGAUGUGGGUGGUAAGAUUCUAGGGGCACCCACAAAUCUUCCUGAUGCUCUUACCACUUAACACGCACACAUUAUCAAAUGUGUUGUGCUUAGUCAGGCCAGUGAGAUUCGGA